CGAUCCUUUUGCUUCUCUCUCGGGGAGUUUCUAUCAGAUCUACCCACUAUCGGCUGUUCUCACAUUUCUUGAAUUCUGAAACCAUGGUGAUGGGAAAUACUGGAGCUGUGCCGCUUGUUAAUAAGGCUAGGCGAGGAAAGGACACAACGUCCAUGGCAGAUUCCGAGAAACGGGCGAAGGAGCAAGGAUGACACCUGAGUCCGCGUAUAGCUUCGACUUCCCUCGGGUCUUCAAACACUGUCUUCCAGCAUGUCAGCUUUCGACAACAGGCAUUGUCUCCUGUGAUACAACCCUCCUGAUGCUUUACAAGGCUCAAUGGACAUCAAGUCACCCAGGCAAUAGUCAUGCUGACAACUGCCGAAGAUCGUCAUGGCCAUCAGAUAAGACAAACGACCACAACCCUUUCACUUUACAUCCGGAGUUUCACCAACCUAAUGAGACACGAGACCUGGCAAGGAUUCAUUAGGAGCUUUAUUCCCAAAUCCAGCAACUUUAGGAAAGGUUUCCUCGACACUAGCUUCUUCACCAGGGGUUUGAAACACAAAGUCUGUGCUUGAUGACCCCUCAAUCGGUGCCUGUUUGAUGUUCCACCAUCCAUUCACCAUCUAUGAGUGGUCAUCACACGGGCAGAUAGUUCUGGAGUUUUUCCACCGCUCUCAGCUCGUCUUCAAACAUGGUUAGCUUGGUUCAUUGCGUUGGGGUAGGAUAGCAUGGGUUCGGCUUUUUAACUUAUAAGAGAUGCUGCUCUCCAGCUUGAAUGGAAGACAGAGAGACGAUAGCUUCACUCACUGCUGGCUUGGAUAACUGACCUGGGGUCUAGUCCUCUUUACAUUCUUUUGCUCUAUUCAUUCAUUACCAUUCUGACUACAUACGUUCUUUUUCGUACACUAUUCCAACCGAAUACAUUCGUUCCUUGCUUGACCUCUAAGCCAGCAUCACAAUGUCUCGUCUUCUCACUUUCGCUGCCGGCCUGGCGCUGGCUGCUGCCCAACUCACCUCCUCCUCGCUCGAGAACCACGUCGAUACCCUCACCUUGGGUGCCUCUUUCAACCCCGUCAAGGAAGCUUACUGGACUGGUCUUCCCCAUCAUCGCCGAACUCCCUUUGCCGUCUCUCCUGAUGGAAAGACUGCUUUCCUGGCUUACCUCGAUGCCAGUGGUACCGGUGUCCACAUCCAGGGUGUUGACCCCAAGACCUUUGCUGCUGUUGGAACUCCUGUUACUGUCAAGAACGGUAAGGAGGCCGGUGGUCUCGUUGCCCACAACGAUGGUUUCGCUAUCCUGACCAACGAGGUUGUUUCUGGAGAGUCCAAGGAUCCUCUUCCUGUGAUCUACAAGUACACCAAUGGCAAGCAGGCUUUCCGAACUCUCCUUGGAGGCUCUGGCUUCUCAGGAAAUGCUCUGGCUUCUCCUGACAUCAACGGUGAUCUCGUCUUCUCCGAGAAGGCUGGCUACUAUGCCGCCUACAUCGUUGUCACCUCUUACAGUGGCGAUGCUUCCGGUCACUUUGGUGAUGCCAUCCGCUACAUCACCCCUGAGGGUAAGGUUGAGGAGAUCCAGGGCGCUUCUUCUUCAUGGGGCUGCUCCCAUAACACCGGUAUUGCCUUCGAAGCCGCCGAUGAGCCCCCUUUCGCUUCACUUUGCUCCGAAGACCAGGGUGCUAUCUGGUUGAACACCGAGACUCAGGGCAUGAGCAACAACGGUGUCAAGGUCUCCAACGAGCACGUCAUCAACGGUGCUAGUAACGAGCCCAUGGGUGGAAUGAGUGGCUCUUACAGCUCUCUCGCUCGCUUCAUUGGUGCUGACUCUUACAUCUUCUCCUGGGUUUCCCGUGGUGCUAUCGAUCUUACUCUCAACGACUGGAUGGGUGAGGGCUACACUCACGCUGAGAACCGUACCAACAACCGCAACGUUGCCAUUGCUCUGUUCUCUGACAAGAAGACACUUAUUGGCGAGCAGGCUUCCUCCAAGGUUGGCGCCAAGGAUGGUGACAGCCAAGUCAACUGGGUGACUGAUGGUGCCAACGACUGCUCCAACGCUCACGUUGCUACCUUCGAUGCUUCCACUGCUCUUGUUACCUGGGAGGAGAUCUCCAACCCCGUCUGCGAGUUCGAGGCCAUGGGCUGCAAGGGCAAGUUUGCUGGUACCAAGUUCCAGGCUGUCGACAGCAAGGGCAAGAAGCUUGGCUCUGCCAUCACCUCUGAGGAUACCUACGUUGCUGGUGACAUGGUCACUAUGUCUGAUGGCCGUAUCUGCUGGCCCUAUGUCAACAUGGCUUGGUCUCUCAGUGGUCCUACCCAAGCUGCUGAUGUCAAGAAGAUCUCUUUCGCUUGUAUCUCCAACGGCAGUGGCUCUGGAUCCGGCUCUGGAUCUACUACCAAGGCUUCUACUGCUGUCGCUCAACCUGCUGCUACCAAGACUCCUAAUGCUGGUGCUGCUAAGCCUUCUACUGCCGAGGCUGCUGCUGGUGCUGAGGUUUCCUCUGCUGAGUCUGACGUCCCUGAGGGUGCGCCUCGUCCCUCUUUCGCUACAGUCCCUGACUCUGUGACUGAUGUUCUCUCCGCACCAACUGAGGUCACUUCGUCUGCUGCUGCUGCUGAGAAGCCUUCCUCAGUUGUCAUCAAGCCGUCUGCCCCCGCUGCACCUGUGGAUGGUGACAACGAGCCUGCUACCACUGAGGCUCCUACCAAGGCCGCUCCUACCGCGUCCAAGCCCACCGACGGCGAGGACGAUUGUGAUGAGCAAGAGUCCGGUAACGCCCCUGUUGCUGCCCCUGUUGAGACUAUCCCCACCUCCGCCGAUGGUGAAGAUGACUGCAAUGAGGAAGCCUCCGGGAACUCCCCAGUUACCACUCAGGCACCCACCAAGGCUAACAAGUCUUCUGGCCGCCGCACUCGCACUCGAACCCGCACUCAUACUCGCCGCCCCAGCUCCCCCUUUUCCAAGAAGGAGUGUGUAGCUAAGACCGUUACCCAGACUGUCUAUGUUACUGCUACUGCUGCCCCUGGAUACUAGUGGCUGGUUCAUUAGCAGUACAUGAAAUCGCCUGUGUGCCUGACAAUUAUUCGUUCUUGUAUAUAGUACUUUACCUUUAACAGCCCGCGUGUCAUAUACAAGAUACGCUAUGGAGGCUUUGUUUAUACUUGACAUGAAUACUUGGAAUUGUAAGACAUGAUGCUCGAAAUCUAGAAUGUGAAUAGGAGACAAGAGUUGUCUAGAGAGCUACUUGUUAAUCAUGGAUGUGAAUGACUAUCUCUGCACAGCUUGAAGUUUAAAAAUGUGCGG